ACUACUGGUGUGCGACAUGUCGACAAAGACACGGUGUUCCGCAUCGGAAGCGGUUCAAAGCUGUGGACCGUCUUGCUCCUGCUGAAGGAGAUGGGCGACCGUGUCUUCUCCCACCCUGUUGGGGCGUACGUGCCGGAACUACUGGAGGCCGCUGAGAAAUUCCGCCACAACAAGACUGCAGCGAACGACCAGGCAAAUUUGAUGAGAUGGGAUGAGGUGACGGUGGGAGAGCUGGCGAGCCAUAUGGCUGGGGUCACACGUGAUUAUGGAUUCAUGGACACAGCAUUUGAGCCCGAACUGAUGCAGGCUGCGGGGUUCCCGAAGCUGCGAGACCAGGAUGUUCCUCCGUGUGGUGAGACGAAGGCCUGCAACAGGAAGGACUUCUUUGAGGGUUUGCUCAAGAGCCAUCCCGUCGUUCCGACCGGCGGAACUCCCGUAUACUCCAACGCUGCUUUCCAAAUCCUCGGUUACGUUGUGGAGAACGCGACCGGGCGCAGUUACAACGACCUCGUCCAUACCGAGUUGGUUGACCGACUCGGACUGAACGGUUCAUACUCUAGCCCACCCGAUCCGAAGCUGGGCGUCAUCCCGGGAGAUGUCCGCAGCAGCAUGUGGGGAUUGGAUAUUGCUGAUGAGACUCCCGCUGGAGGCCUCUUCUCGUCUACGCGAGACAUGGCCAACGUGGGCCGAGCUAUCCUGAACAGCACUCUUCUACCCCGAGAAAUGACCCGACGCUGGCUCAAACCCGUCUCCCACACCUCGUCGCUCAAUAUGGCCGUCGGAGCCCCCUGGGAGAUUGCAUCGUACGAAGAGGACCGGGUAGUGGAUAUCUACACCAAAUCCGGCGACGUCGGUUCGUACUCGUCGAUGCUCGUGCUGUCUCCAGACCAUGACGUCGGCUUUGUCGUCCUUGCCGCGGGUGACAGCGCUCCACAGGCUACCCGGAUACUCACAGACCUCGUCAAUGAAGCCCUAAUCCCCGGACUCGACCAGGCCGCCAAAAAGGAAGCGCAGCGGUUCACCGGGGACUAUACCCUCGAAGACGGCAAGUCUCAUAUGCGCGUGACCACGGACGACGGGCCGGGCCUCCUAGUCACGAAGUGGAUCAGCAACUCGAAAGAUUUGUUUUCUACAGUAAUAAUGCCGGCAUUGGGCGUCAAGAAACCAUCGCUAAUCGAAGUGCGUCUCUAUCCGACCGGCUUGAAGAGCCCUCGACAAAUUUCGUUCCGCGCGAUUCCUCGCAGUCGGGUUGAGACACCGGGAUUUGGUCCCUUCUCCAACAGCUGUACUAGCUGGUUGAGUAUGGACGCACAGCGGUAUGGCAAUGUGGGGAUGGAUGACGUUGUGUUCGAAAUGAAUGAGAAGGGCGAAGUGGUGGGGAUCAGCCCUCGGGCAUCGCGGGUCACUCUUCGCAAGGAGUGAGACCUUGUUUUUAGGUAGAUCGUACUUUGUAUCAAUAUAUGUUAGAUGACACGUCAAUAGAUGGUCAAUGUUUUUUCGGCCGAUACAAGUAUUGAUGACAGCAUUGGGUGAUCUUGCAGCCUGUAUGUUCUUCGAAUAGUCCCAGUGUACACACCGGCUUGUGUGGCCGAUGACAGGUUGGCGAUAACCCACAAUUCCACAACAACGACUGGCUCUGUGUUUCUGGUGAUAGAAUCCUGCAAUCCACAGUCCGAAGAUCUGAAUGAGGUGUACAAGUAGGUGAAAGAUAAAUGCUGAUCGACCGACAGAGAGCUCCCCAGUAUUUAUGGCAAUGUGCCUGGAUGGAGCCGCGAAGAACCAGUAGAGAUAGAUGCCGCGUCAGCCAGGUUUCAAGCAAUGUGUUCGCUCUUGGCAGGAGACAAAUCGACUAUAGACUGGACGAUCAAUCAACCCGAGAGAAAGAGAGGUGAGAAGAAGUGAGAGGGGAGAAAGGAAGAGAAGAUGGAGUUCGGUGGGGAAAACGCUCGAGUCACGCGGGCACAGACCAUGUAUCUUU